AUGGCGGAACUGUUCCUUGACCCAGCGAUCCGUUUGUGGGUUAUUUUACCCAUUGUGAUCAUCACGUUUCUCGUAGGAAUAAUCAGACAUUAUCUCUCAAUGCUUCUACAGUCUAAGAAGGAAUUAGAUCUUUCACAAGUUUCUGACAGGUAAGUCCAGCUAGAUCCAGGGGAAGCAAAACGCCCGGCAAAACGUGCCACUGAUAAAACGACAUUGUAGUCGUACACCUCAGAAAGCUACCAUAGCCUCCUUCCAUUUUUGAAACACUUGUCACUUACGCCCUCCCCAAUGUUGAUUCACGUAUUGCCCAUUUGCAAAAAAAAAGCGAAUCUCAACGUCGGGGAAGGACAAAAGAAAUACAUGCACAGGUAAAAUUUAGUUGAGUCAGUUGUGAAGGCGUCAUGAAAAAUUCAAGUUUUGAUAUUAGGGGUGGUUUAAUAAUUCGAGACUGAGGCUUAGGCUUUUUUUAUCAAAUCUGAGACCAAGACUUUACGUCUGAAAAUCCGAGUCCAGGGUGCAAAGAAAAUAAUUUUUACAGCUUGCCAUUCGGGCAAGCUGAAGCUAACAUUUACUAGCCCAGACGUCAUUUCAACUAGCCCCAAUAACCCCAAAAGCUUUUUGAAGAGCAGAAUUGAUCUCACAGUUCUUCUGUUAUUCGAAUCCUCAAAAAAGAUCACUUGCCCGUCGGGCAAGUUAAGAACAGAAUUCACUAGCCCGAUAACAAAAUCCACUAGCCCCGGGCUAUCCGACACCACUUUCUUUGCACGCUGCGAGUACAAGACUCUAGGUGAUAAAGAUUUCGAAGUAAUGGUACUAAUAAAGUUCUUAGCCGUUGCCUGUAAAGCUCAUAGCUAAGAAUAAGUCGAGUGGCAAUGAAUAUCUGCAGCAAUGAAUAUUUGCUAAGUCAAUUAGCCUAAAUGUUUAAGGUACCGGUAGUUCCCAUUCAUUAGUGCCAUGUUAGUUAUUUACCGCUAGUAACGGUAAUAUAUUCAGCGUCUGUAAUUCAUGGUAUUUAAACUUACUUUGCCCUUAUUAUAAAUUCAAGAUUCCAAAACGAGUCAAUUUUUAGUGAGCCCAAGAUUCGGAGACGCUUAUUUUAAAUGCCAAGAUUUUGAGACUGGACCAAAAUUUUCCGAGACCCACGUCUUUCGAGGUAUUAGUCCAGGUCCGGGUUGUUGAAAGAUGGGUUAAGGUAACCCUGGGUUAUUGCCAAAAUUAUUUGAAUUCAGACAUGCAAACUUAAAAGCAGAUUCAGUAUUAUUCCUUUUGUCUGUAAUUUGAUAAUUGGAUGUGCUAAUUAAAAAUAAUACAGGGUUUGGAAGGGUGUUUUCAGGAUCUGGAGUUUGACAAAAAUACGGAGCGGGAUUUGGAAAAACGCAAAAUAACUUGACAGGAAAUGGGAUUUGACUCCUUCCUGGGAAACGGGAUUCACUAAAACUUGGGCCACGAUGCAGGAUUUUAAUUUUUGCUUGUCUAUUGGGAAUUCGGCAAGUUGUGCGUUCUAGCGGCAAAUGUGAAGUCAAACAAGCAAGCUUUCAGUGGUUUCUCCAUGAAAGAAAACUAUAGAUUGACGUAGGUAAUAAUUGCUAAUGAGCAGCCCCGCAAGACACAAGGCCGUGAGGUGUCAACAUAGUAAAGCCGCGCACGAAAGUUCCAAGGCAGAAUGAAUUUCGAAGUGAUGAACAUAAGGUACCGUAAGGUAACUUCUAUGACGAAAUGCGGAACAGAGAAUAUAAGAAAUAUAUGCUUUGUCAAGUCAGUAUUUCAAAUUCUUUAUGCAGUAGAACAGUUUAGUUCACCAUUUUCAAGGUAAUUUUUGGUCAUGCAAACAAAUUAAGUUCAAAAUAUUUUACCCAAAUACACUGCCUGUUUAUGCAGUUAAGAAAAAUAAUUACACCGCAAAAUUCAUGGUGUCUUUGAAGCAAAAUAAUUUGGAAGGCUUCAUUGAUGCACCAUAAGUCUUUUUUUCCUGAAAAGUAGACUUCCUAAGCUUAUUUAAAAAGAGACCAAAUAUAAAUCUGUACAUUGAAUAUUCAUGGAUGUACUGUCAAUUUUUCAAGGAUUCUAAGUUUGGUUAUAAGACCACUAAAUUUUCAAAAAUUUUUCAACUUGGGACAAAAUUCUAACUUCAAUAUUUGCAAAGAAAAUCAUUUUUUAUAAGACCACUAAAUUUUAGCCCAGACAUCAUUUCAAAGCGCCAAAAUGUUAUUCAAAUUCCUCAUAAAACAACUUUGGAAAAAAACACUAGCCCGAUAGCAAAAUCCACUAGCCCCGGGCUAUCGGACAGUACUUUCUUUGCAGGCUGUAUCUCGAAAAAUAUGCUAUGUAAAGUCGGGAUUUCAAAUUCUUUGUUCUGUAGAAGAGUUUAGUUCACUAUAUUCAAGGUUAUUUUCGCUCAUGCAAUCGAAUUGAGUUCAAACUAUUUUUCACAAAGACACUGGCUGUUUAUGCCACUGGGAAAAAACUAUAAUGCCAGGAAAAUUACUGUGUCUUUCAAGACAAAUAAUUCAGAAGGCUUCAUCAGCACACCAUAAUUUUUUUUUGUUGAAAAGUAGACUUCCUAAGCUUUAAAAUGAGACCAAUUAUAAAUCUGUACAUCAGUCUUUUUAAUGUAUCUGUUUUUGAGCCAUUGCAAAAAAAAAAAAAAACAGGAUGUGGGAAAGUAAUGAAAGAAGUUGAUGUGGGAUUUUCGUGAAAAAGCAGCUGGAAUGAUCACGAACCCCUUUCCAGACCCUGAUAAUAGUGAAAUUAUCCGGUGAAAAUGCUUUUUAACAAAAUGAAAAGAAACAUGGGUUAAAAUUUAGCCCUGGGUUAGCGCUAAUAAAUUGGCCUUCAAACAACUGGGCCCUGUGUUUCAAUGAAAAUUGACAAGUAUUGUUGUUCGGCUGAGCUGAGGGUCUUCCUUUGCGUACAAGCUGUUACUCAACUCGUGUUUUUUACACAAAGCAAUCAUGACAAUCUUUUGUCCUUAAUAGUUCAAGCACAUUUCAUUUGAAAUCUUUGAAAAUAAAUUAGGUUUAGUAUUUAAAAGGUUUUAUCUUUCUUUAAAAGAAGCAAAGACAGUCACUACAAGGGUAGAGGGGAUGUACUGUUCCAUGUUUAUGUGUAGUCACAUUCAUGGUUUGGUUUAUUGAUCAUUUUCCAAAAGUAUUCAUUCAUCUUGGUUUGCUAGGUUUCCAUCCUUAUAUCAGUGAACUGAGUAUCGUUAAAUCAGGAUUCUGCUCCAUACAAUGUACAGUAACUUUGCUGUUGAUCAUUAAAUCAGAUAUAUAGUUAAAUAUCAAUGAUUAUAAAAUUGGGGUUCCACUGCAAUUUAAUAUUGUGACAUACAUGUAUUUAUUAUAGUGGUGUGAUCAGUCAUCUUUGUUGUCAGGUCCAAUCUCAAUCAGCUUUUGUUGAGUGCCAUCCACAUUAUAGUUAUUUAACAUAAUACUCUUCAAUACUGCAGCCAGUAUACUCUGAAUAAUGUUAAUUAUAUUUGUCUUUCUGUUUUAUUUUCAGUCAAGCAUUAUUGAGAAGCAGAAAUCUAAGAGAGAAUGCAAAAUAUAUCCCUUAUGAGGUAUUUUGAUUUAUAGACCCAGCCUCACUAAACUGCAUGACAAUGGAAAAUUUAUAAAUCAAGGCAAUUAUAAUGUGCACCCUCUCAUUGCCCCUCCCCCCUUCUGUCUCAGCAUAAGCAAAAUUGUGACUCACAACUUCUGACCACAGAUUUAUAGUUAGACAAUGUGUGAGGUCUAAGCCAAUGAGCAGGAUUGUACAAUGCUAACAAUAAGCUAUGUAUCACAGCAAAGGAAACAUGAAUGUAGCAUUCACUGGUUUAGCCAUUCAGAAUAGGCAAACGUAUUCACCUACAGACAGUGAAGACAAAAUUAAUAAUACUAUGUAACUAAUGAUAAGCACCUAACAAUGAUUUACAGUGAGAGGUCUUAAGUACAUCACGCAGAGAUGCCCACAGGGUUGAUAGCUUCAUGUUCCAUUGACUGCAUUUUACAAUAAGCCAAGCUGCCAACCGUGCAGCCUGACCUUUAAUAUCAACACCACAAAUCACUAGUAUUACAGCACAAAAGAAUAUAGCUACAAAACAGCUUACAAGAAACUGAGACUAGAUACAAGAACAACCAGAUCUAUAGCACCACUUUAAAUCCAGUGGCAAAACAGUAGUACACUGUUCAUGCUGUGCUGCUGUUAGGCUAAUAGGGUUUUGUGAAAGCAAUGAAGUUUUGUCAUAACUUGUGUCAUGUAAGAAAUUCUAGCAGUUCAUAUGUUAUCGACCCAAUGGGAAAAUGGCUGUUGUAUUAUAAUAUUCUUUUGUUUAAAUUAAAACUAGCCUGACUAGUCUCUCUUGAGAUAAUGUAUUCUUUCGAAUUUUGUACUUAAGAAUGAGGCUGGUAAAGCUAUUUUUAAUUUAAACAAAACAAUGUUAAUCCAGCAGUCAUUUUUGCAUUGGGUGUAUAAAGCUAAUCCCACGCAGGGCUCUCCAGAAGCUCCAGCAACUGGUGAAAAUUGCCAUGUAAGCAUUCUUGGGAUCUGCUUCAGAUGAAGACCAGAAAAAUCAGUGACUCAACCAGCUAGCUUCAAACAGAGAGUUUUGGCAAAAUCUCCUGAGAAGGAUGGGCCAUGUUUUACAUUUACACCUGUAGUUAACUUUUACAUUAAUUAAUCAGUUUCUCUUAAAUGAUUUGUGAAUGCAGCCCCUUUUGUAAAGUGUAACAUAACAUUUGCUAUUCGUUAACAGUCAUUUGAGGCAAGAAGACAUUUCUUCAAUGAUGAAAAAGAAGGAUAUUUUAAGACACAGGACAAAAAGGGACCAGUCAAGAAUCCCAUAUCAGGUUAAUGUUGGAAUGUCUUUCUUUGUUUGUAAAAUAUAUUAUUAUGAAGAAAUUAAUUUUCUUGCUGUUGGUUUUGCUUGUGAUGUCAUCAACCUGCUUCAAAAGCUUUUUACUUUCGCAAAAAAAGGUUUUUUCUCAUUACACUCAUUCAAGUGUCAAAAUGAGGUCUGUUCUAAUUUUAUACUGUUGCUACGUUUGAGGAUCUUCUUCUUCAAUGAUAAAAAAUAAAGAAACUGUCUGUUGAUAAACAAUAGUUAAACAAGAUCUUCCUAUAGGAUUAACGGGGCAAGGCCUACAUACUAAAAUCAAAUAAACAUCAUUUCAACACAGGUAGUCCUCUUUUAACAGCUGUUAUUUAUUGUAAGAUCACUUCAAAGAGGACAGAUGGCAAAUUGUUGCUGCUAAAAAUAUGUAUCAGUCGUAACUGUUUAUCAGUAGGAUGCCUAAAAUGUGCACUAUUCCACAAUUGGUUUGAGCCUCAUUAAAUCCUAUACUUACUGUAGAACAUUUUAGAAGGAGCCACCCAGAAUUUGAACACAGUUACCGUAUCUAUUUGAUUAAAUGCCAUAGAUGGAGCAAAACGGCCAAUUAAUGCCACGCCUCAUCAGAAGAAUGUGGCAUUUAUUUGAGGAUAAUAAGAAAAACCUCGCUACAACUUGGUAAUUUACACCAUCCAGACAUUUAAAAUAAUAGAGACUUUGGAACCUUUCAAUUUCAUAGUAUUGCCAAACGAUUUAAUACAGUAACUGUUGUCAGUGAUUUAAUAAAAGUGAUUUCGAAAUAAAUGCCGCCCUUGAAUAAACGCCACAUCGGAAACGUUUAAUUGAAUAAAUAUGGUACAGACAAAGUUUAUGGGAAGGAAAACAAUGCCAAGAAAAUGUCAUGUGUUAAAUAAUGAACUAAAUGCACAUGUCAUUUAUAGGUAAAUAAAGUACACAACCUUCACCUACUGAAAGGAUACUAAAAAUGAUUAAAUUAACAAAGGAUAUGGCGGCACCAUUUAGUCAUUGAAUGCCAGUCUUAUCUCCCGCAGUGUAGUUUUAUAUGUCUCGAUGAUAACCCCAUGGCGCUUGAAGAAUUUGUGAAAGGAUUUGAGAAGUAGAGUGGAUUUGACGUGCAGCAUGUAUUGCCAUGAAAACCAAAACAUUGAAUUACGACACAUAGCAGAACUUUUACAUGCAUGACCUGUCAACUGUCACAAACCACUUUCAUGGAGUUCAUGAAAUUAUGCCUGUCUGUAGCAAAACCUUCAGAUAGCAAAAUCACUCCCACCCAUUAUAACUUUUCUUGACUGCAAGAAGAAACUCGAGGUUCCGGUAAAUGUGUCUCCAUAGGGGAAUUGUUUCAAAUCAUGUAAUUAUAACGCUACACCCACUCCGAAAGUAUUUUUAAAGUAUUCCUGACGAUACUUUCCUUAUCACAGAUCCGUCAAUGAUGGUGGACAUGGCUAAAGGAAAUAUCACAAAUGUAUUACCAAUGAUUCUUAUUGGUGGCUGGAUCAACUGGCAUUACUCUGGUUUCAUCACAAGUAAGUUAUUAGUUGAUAUCAGCUGUUUUGCAGUAGUAAGUAAGGUUAAGAGAGCAGUAUCGGUAGUAAAUGUGUAGAAAAUGUGUAGUUUGUUGGGGUUUUGUUAAUUAAAAGCGUCAGUUCUAUGUUUAUUCGCAUGCAGAUGUUUCUGGACUUACGGCUGAUACUUAGCUACAGUCUUGAUGAUACUUGGUACCUUGGCUGAUACUUAGUUACAGUCAAACCUUCAAUAAGGGACCAUCCAAAAUGAGAAGAUUUAGUAGUCACUUAUGGGAGGUGGUUGUGUGCGAGUUGACCAACAGGGGGUCUCUUCCGAGAAGAGGUCCCAACACAACUAAUUUUUGAAAGACAUGCAAUAGGACAAUAAUGCACAAUGACGUCAUUUUACUACAAGUACCAGAAUUUUUCAGUUUGUUGUUUUCUUGUGCAAAUAAGGGCUAUUCUAUUUUUUUGAAAGAACAAUUUAGAAGUAAAAACAAAAUGAAUUCUGGUAGGACAAUAAUGCAAAAUGGCCGUUUCUAGGGAUUUUACAUGAGACAACUCGGACUGGUCUGAGAAUUUUUCAGUUUGUUCUUUUAGGGGCCCUUAAGUAGGGGGACAAACUUACAAAAAAAUAAGAACCUGUUGUCCAAAUUUUAAUACCAUUAAUGGAAUUGUCGGAAGAAAGUUUUACGAUUAAGUUUACAAGGAAGCAUGGGACCAAAAAUGGCAACAAAAUUUCUAACUCAUUUGAUAUCAUGUUUUCUAUUUAUUCAAACAAACAGAAAGCUUUAGUGUUAGGUUGACCAUUAAACAAAGUCCAGAGCUUGCCCCGGUAUGAGUGGUUUUUGCGCCAUUUCAGUUUUUCUUGCGGGAAUCCCGCAAGGCUGCAGCCUGGUGAGAACACUGCGUAUCGCUCUCCAUACAUUUCUUUUUGUGCAUGUACAUAGGACCAACCUAAAAAUGAACUCAGACUGGUCUGACUUCGUGUCGGUCCGACCCGACACAAGUUAUUUUCGUACCGGUCUGAGCCUAUACCGUUCUCAUGUAAAACGGAAACAGAUCUCAGACUGGGUCCAUAAAUAGUAUGCUUCUUUGUAUGUCUCCAUCAUUUUUGCUUUUUUAGUUAAAUAAGAACACUUCUAUGAAUAACUGUAAACAAGACUUGGAAGUAGCUUCAAUUGAAUAUAUGCUUCGGUCAAUGUGAGGGAUUGCACCGAUUUUGAGAUGCUGUGCAUUUAACAUGCCACCAGAUGAACGUUAGAUAAAGUUUACAAUUUUUUAUUUUCUAGGAGCUGUGAAAUCUAUGGUUCUCUCCUCACUGUCUUAAUUGGCAUAAAUUGUGUACCAGUUAGGGCAGUUAGUGAAUAAUAUGUUGAAUAAUCGACUUAAGAAAGUUAUGUAGCUACAAGAAUCUCCUGUUUUUGAGUUUGUACCAGUCUCAUGUAAUCAAUGAAGUGUUUUGUCCCAGUCUCAUGUAAACAGCUGCAAAAAUUACAGAUUCAUACCAGCCUGAGUUUGUCCCAGUCUCAUGUAAUUACCCCCUAAGUUAUGUUUAAGAAUAGUUUGAUGUUGUUCUUGUUAUUCUCUAAACACAGUAGUACAGCAGAGACCACAUCAUGUGUCAAGGGGUCACUCCAGGAGGUUAAAAACAAUGGAAAAUAAUCAAACUGUCAGACCAGUAAAGUGGUUGUACAUGUGGUCGCUUAUGAGGAGGUGGUUGUUUACAAGAGGUUCUGAUUAUAAGGAUUUGACUGGGAAAAUAUUGGUGUGUUGGAAAUUUGGCUGCUUGAGGGAGGUGGUCGCUUACAAGAGAUGGUCACACAUGGAGGUUUUCGCGUAGCCCAAAAAUUAACUUCAUUUUACUUUACUUUAUAGCCAAAGUUCCAUUUCCACUAACUUUGCGGUUCAAAGCUAUGCUGCAGAGAGGAAUUGAUCUUACAACUCUGGAUGCUUCAUGGUAUGCUGUUUAGACAUUGUAUCACCAUUUUUAGCAGUAAUUUUAAUUUUACUGCCAUUCUCUCAUUGACUUGAUUUUAAGUGAAGUGGUUAUUAGGAAACUACACUGUAUCUGUUUUGUGAAAAUUAUUCCUGUGAGAAAUGCUCAGUGCAUCUUCGAUCCCAAGAUUUUUUGGCUACAUUUAACCCAUUCUCACUUUGAAUGCCUAUUUAAGUGCCCAUGGUACAUGUAGAGUGCUGUGCCGCAUAGCAGUGAGUUGCAAAUGAUGGAAUAGACAAUAAUAAUUGUCUGUUCCAUCAUUUUUCCAUAGAAUAGACAGUAAUUAUUGUCUGUUCCAUCAUUUUUUUAUACUUUGCAACUCACUGCUAUGUGGCACAGCAUUCUAUACGUACCAUGGGUACUUAUGGGCAGUCAAGGUGAGAAUGGGUUAAAUUCAGUGAAACUUGCAAAAGUGCAAAAAACCCAUAAUUCCCACCGAGAGUUAACCCCAGUAAAAGGAACUAGAGGACAACAUGAGACAAAGAAAAAUUUUUUGACCUCCAUAGGAUUCACUCCUGCAACCUGCAGAUUAGACCUGGGGAAUUGAAGUGCUACAAUGUAGGAAGUUAUUUUGUUUCUAUUGUACUUGUGUCUCCUUUGAAAGUGGUUGGAGGUACGGUAAUGCUUAUAGUAGCUGGGGGAAAUCCCCAGCUCCUGGCUUCUAGUGACAGCCCUUCCGCUGCUGAUUUGUACACUUAUGUAAGGAGAUUUAUCUAAAAGUGAGGAAUAUGUUACACACUCUCUGGUGUAUUUUGUGUUUCAGGGUUAGUUCAGUGUCUUGGUAUUUCAUUAAUGUGUUUGGACUGAGGAGCAUGUAUGCACUGGUGUUGGGUCAAGAUAAUGGUUUGUACUUUUUAUCUUAAUGGUGUUGUUAAGUCCUUACCUUACAUUGCAUAUAAAAGGCACUAUUAAAUUACUGGUUUGGGUAGACGUGAUCUGAAGAAAAGCCUUGAUACGGUUCACACAAACACUAGGUAGUUAGCUGGAACUCAAAAUACUACUCCCGAGUUGUUGUUGCUGUUGGCAUCCAUCUGUCUCGGGAGACAGUGGAAUCAGUGCCGGGGUUUAGUCAGUGGUUGAGUUGCAGCGCCUGCUGUGGCUGUACAGUCUGAUUCUGGAUCGACAGGCUUUGUUGCAAUUGUUGGCUCUUUUGGUACUGAUGCUGCUCUCAUCUGCCUGCGCUCUCUGCCCUCUCCUCACUCGCUUGAGUAUCAGCCUUAACAGCAAGCCUCCAGUGACUUCGAGUAGAGUAGUGCUUCAAGAUCCCCAUUUGGGGUGUGUCAAACUGACACCAUUUAUUUUUAACAGAAAAAAACAGGCUGACCCCUAAGCAGUCAGUAGCCCAGCGUACUACAUCAUGGCUUAAGAUCCAGUCCUUAAGUUUUUUUUGUUGUUGCUUUGUGGCAUGUUUUCAACAUUUUCUUGCUGUAGAUGUUUAGUGGAACUUUCAGCGUUUUUCACGCCAAUUUUUUCGCCCCUGACACUAAUCAUUCCCUCUUUUGUUGCUCUUGAUAUGUAGGCAAAUACUCCUGGAGUCGAAUUCUUAAUAACAACAUCUAAGUGCAGAACAAAGAGAAAAUUUCGUCGUAUGUUGUUAACGUCCUCUAUAAAACGUGAAGUUAUGCAUUUUCACGUUGUAGUCGUGCAUCGAAGGCAAAGAAAUAUACAAAAAAGCGUGCUACAAGUGCAGAGUUGUUGUUGCUUUUUUUAUGUUCUCAUUGUGCAUCAAGCUCCCUAUACUGCUAGGGCCAGAUGGUCAUGAUAUAAACGUAUAGAAGCCUCAGUUACAAGUUAAUGUUAAAACGAAAAGUCCUGAAGAGAAAUGAAGUACAUGUAAAUAGAUCUUGUGGUAAACUUUGUAGGGACUAAAUAACUCCUAGAAAGGAGGGCUGAUGUCUCCCUUUUCUAAAACAACCCAUUGGAUACACUUGCGCAUCACACACAGUGCAGCUGCAGUUAAGUUCAUUAUACAUCUUUAUAGGACUACCUGUAGUAAUUAUGUUUGCAUUUUAUUUGUAUCUUUAGCUGCAGAUCAAACCCGUGUCAUGCAGGAGCAGAUGCAAAUGCAGAUGCAGAUGCCACAAGAUCCCAGCAAAGCAUUCAAGGUAUGCACAAAUUAUUUUUGACGUGUUUCAUGAAGACUGUUCUCAACAUGUUAAAAGGGUGGGGGGAGGUUGCUGCAGAAGGAAAGCGGAAGUUGGAAAUGUAUUUUUCCCAUCUCUGUCCCCACGGGCGAUGUGUUUUCUCUUCCCAAUUAUCGCUGACCAUAGGAAAUCAAGGUAGCGCGGGUCUUUCGAACCCAGCAAUCGACUGGGACAAUACCCUGCGAGCAGAGGCUACAUUUUCGCGGUAUGAGCUGGCGAAAAUGUAGCCUCUGCUCGCAGGGUACUGGGACAAUGAUGUUUCAUGUAGUUAUUAGUGACAGCAUUUACUGGAUGAAGGUGGAGAUUUGGGGUGACGAAAAAAAACCUUGCCAAAGGAGCGUUGCGGAGGUCAAAUGGCAAAGAACAGGGAGGGGAGGGACCUCCUAAGUGACACACCCCAAGGUAGUGACUUGAAAACGUAUUCUGCUCCUAACAGAGAAGGAUAGAAAAAAAUGUCUGCCUUUUACCUCGUGAAUGUAUUUACAAGGUGUAAGUGGGCACUUCCAUUUUAUUGGUCUGUUCGUCGAUUCUUGUAAACUUUCAUUGUAUGCAAAUGAGGAUUGAAUAAGAAAGGAAUUGUCACUUGAUUAGCAUGCGGUUUAUUUUCGGCGAUGACUGAAAUGAAGUGCCGUUGUGAUCACGUUUUGAAAAUAGCUGAAUUUGUCUCCAAUCGAGGUAGGCCCUUGAUUUUCGUCGUUUUGUACACGUUUGACUCGCCGUUAUGUACAUUUUGCAAAAGAGAAGUGGAAUCCAUUGAACAUUUAAUGUUUCAUUGUAAUGUGACGGAUACUUUUUGGGAAAUGUUUUGCUCUUGGCUUCAUGAAUGUGAGGUUACACUACAAUCUUUUACAACAAUGCAUAUUUUGUGUGGAGUUUUUAACACUGGAGAUGAUUUUUCAUUCCCAGUCAUCUGAUUCUGGCAACUAAAUUGUUUAUCUGUAGGUGUAAAUUAAACAAUACGCUUCCUUCUAUUAAAUUUCGUAUGCCUCACACUUUACUGUUAAGUCUAUAGUUUAUGAACAAUUGCAUGUAAUGUCUGUAUCAUGAUAUUGCUGUAUUAUUUUUUUCUCUUCUUAUUUUUUGAUGGCAUUGCGAAUAUUUCUAUGGUAAUUUGUAUUUUCUGUGGCAGUAAUCUAAGUCGUGUAUAUCGAAAUAGGCCACUUCGGAGUUCCAAAAACCCUCUCUUUCAAAAUGAGGCUAAGUGCACAACUUUCUUGUGAAAAUGAGUUUUAUUUGCUGGAGAAUUAAAAAUCAUUUCCAUAUCAAACGGCCCGAGCACUUAACCUCGUUUUGAUACAGAGGCCCGGGGAAACCCGGAAAUGGCCUGAUUGUUGGGAUUCCUGAAGCAAUGAAUUACAGUCGAAGUUCAAGUGCCUUUAAACCUUCACCCACGUGAAACAGAAGAAGUGUCCGCAUCUGUAGCUGGUCGCUUAUCACUGUGUCAGUUAAGAAAGCUUAGACAGUAUUUGGAUUGUACAGUCAAACCAAACACUGACAUUUAAUUAAUCUUUGUUAAAGAACUUUUUGUGGGGGAACUAGCUGGGUUCUCAGCAAACAGAUGAUAUAAUCUUGUUCAAUUGGUUCCUCUUUAUUGUUUAGUCCAUUGUCACGAAGUUAGUCCAAUUUCUGUUUCACAAUUCUCUGCCUAAUCAGUGUUACACCCAUUUUUAUAUCAACCGAACAACCCGCUGCUUGUAAUAAACUAAUGAUGACAUAAGUCUUCUGUGAUUGGUUACAGCAGACUAAUUUACAUUGAACAUUCGAGUUAAUUGUUUUGUCAAAAUGAUUUUUUAACCCGAAAAUUCACUAUGAAGUUUUUGUUGUCCAGGCAAUAUAAAACGAGGUGAUCAAUAUAAAAAUUACUAAAUUAGUAACUGCUUGUAUACAAAUAUUUGAUAAAAACAGAAAGGAAAAUACCAAAUUUGGAGUUUGAAAAUCUAAGGUUGUAGUCGAUUUACAGAGGGUGUUAAGCUUCUUCAUCGGAAGUGAUUGGCUAAAACUUUUUCCAUAAAUUAACCGUGGACGUGAUCGAAAAGCUCAGAGGACAAAUUAAAAAUGCAGUUCACAGUGCAAGGCAGAAUUUAGAACAAUAGUUGUUUACCUGCAAAAACGCCUAGAAAAUCACUUAAGUCUAAUUAAAGUUAUCCACUGCCAAGAAUUCGGGUGAAAAUUCAUCCGAAACACGCCAAAAAUGGUUUAAAAUGAGUAAGGUAGUCAUUGCUUGGAUAAUUUAGACAAAGGGCCAAUUUGAGGUCAAAACUGAACAAAGUGUGCAAUACUAACAAGGCUUUGUCAUCUAUCAAAAACUCUAAUUAACAUACUUUCAUUAAAGAAAUGUCAUCGCGGAGAUGAUGGAACACGCUUUACACCGAAUAGCCCAUUUGCGAGUUCCCCCGGGCCUCUGUUUCAAAACGAGGGUAGGUGCUCAGCCUUUGAUAUGGAAAUCAUUUUUCUUUCUCAUGCAAAUAAAACUCAUUUUCACAAGAAAGGUUGUGCACCUAGCCUCAUUUUGAAAGUGAGGGUUUUUGGAACUCGGAAGUGGCCUAUUAAAUGUUAGGAGAAGGGGUAUGUUGACCAUAAGUUGACCAUAGGCAAAACCAUAACAAAAAUAGAAAAAUCAUAGGAUUACAAGUUAAAAUUAGUUAACUAAAAUUACAGUUAACAAGUGUCACUUCAUUCGUCAAAGACGACUAACGUAACUCUUAAAACAGUCAUUCUCUUGGCGAGAAAACAAAAAGGGCUUAACAAAAAUAAAACUAACCUCUCCUGUCACGAGAGGAGAAUAACGAUCGAUCAGCUUCAUUGCGGGGGAUUUUAACACUCAGGAAAAGAGCCAAAUUGAUUUUAUGAUAUUUUCCCCAUUACUCGCAUAGUAUAUUUGUAAACGUAGCAAUCUGUAAUAAAUCCCAAGCACCAAGUAAAAUCCGUUAAUAACGUUUUACUCAAAACAUACGCACUACGAACAUUUUUCAUCUUUCUCGUUUUUUAUCCUUUAACAAUAAUCGAUGGUAACUUGAGGUUUUUAACCGGCUUUCUAAUGUUGUUCGUGUACUUUCUUAUAGGCGGAAUGGGAAGCUUUAGAGAUUGUAACACAUGACUGGUCACUAGAAAAUGUCGAGGAAGAGAUGAUGACAGAGUUUUCACCUGCAGAUGUUGAAGUCAUUGCCAAGGAUAAAUAUGUUUAA